AUGUUUGGUGGAGCUCGAAAUUGGUGGAAUUCGAAGGUGAACAGAGAGAUCCAGAAAGAACGGAAGAAGAACGAGAAAGAGAAGAAGAGUAUGAAGACGAAGAUGAAGAUUAAGAAGAAGAUGAAGAAGAUUGUGAGGAGUGGUUUGGAAGGCGAAGGGCGAAGGGAAUGGGAGGAGCUAGGGUUCCGAGAUUCAGAGAGAGACAGGGAUGUGCUAGCAUUUGACGCCACAUAUAAGAAGAAUAGAUACAGAUUGCUGGUGGUAAUAUUCUCGGGAGUUAACCACCAUAAUCAAACCGUUGUAUUUGGUUUUGUAAUAGUUUCGAAUGAGAGGAAAAGCACAUAUGUGUGGUUACUAAAACAGCUUCUCAUAGCAAUGAAGGGAAAGACACUAAUUUCAGUAAUUACAGAUGGUCAUCCAUCGAUGACUAUCGCUAUUCAGGAAGUGUUUCCGAAUGCACAUCAUAGGUUACGUGCAUGGCACUUGAUGCGUAAUGCAACAAGAAAUAUUCACAAACCUCAGUUUACGAAAAUGUUUACAAAGUUAAUGCUAGGUGAUUACGAAGUUGGUGUGUUCGAACAAAAGUGGGAGGAAAUGGUUAGAUGCUUUAGAGUGGAAGAUCGGGAAUGGAUAGUAGAUAAGUAUGGGGAAAAAAACAUGUGGACUAUCGCUCAUAUUCGAGGAAAAUUUUUUGUUGGGUUUAGAAUGACUUCAAGGUGUGAAAUUCUACAUGUUGUCCUCAAAAGAUAUGUUAAAUCACGCCAUAAUUAG